GCUAGGUGUUGCGGCAGGCGCCAUUUUAUCGAGCCGCCUGUCUCGGGUGCCGCCAUGUUGGUGAGGAGAAAUCACCGUUACGGCCAGUGUCCAAAUCCCCGCGUCGCUGCACGCCGCCCGCCCGCCCGCUCCCAAGCCUCAGCCACCGGCGGCGAAUAGAGACUAAAGCGGCAGCGCCGGCAGCGCGGGGCGUUGCCCAGUGUUUGCAGUUAGAGCCCCAUCUCUCUGGCGUGGUUGUUAAUAGACUGGAAAGUCUGUGUCUGUGUCGCUCACUAGUAACCGUGAGUUUUUACCACUUCGUCACCUCUCGGCGGCGGCCGGGAGCAGGUACCCGCAGGCGGCGCAGGGGUCCUCCCCGCGCUCCGCCGCCGGCCUCGCAGACCUGUCCUCCAGCCCCGCCCCGUUCUUGACCAAACAUGACAGACUCUGAACAUGCAGGGCACGACAGAGAAGAUGGCGAAUUAGAAGAUGGUGAAAUAGAUGAUGCAGGACUUGAAGAAACACAAGAACAGGAAGCAAAAGAGGAUGAAAAACAGAAAAAUGAAAAAGCCUAUAGAAAAUCAAGGAAAAAACACAAGAAAGAAAGAGAGAAGAAAAAAUCCAAAAGGAGGAAACGUGAAAAACAUAAGCAUAAUUCUCCAUCUAGUGAUGAUAGCUCAGACUACAGCCUUGAUUCAGAUGUUGAACAUACAGAAAGUUCCCACAAAAAAAGAGCUGGUUUCUACAGGGAUUAUGACAUUCCAUUUUCUCAGCAUGGACACUUAUCAGGAAGCUACAUGACAUCAAAGAGGAGUCAGCAUAACAAAAAAUUUAAAAGUAAAGAAUAUGAUGAGUACAGUACGUACAGCGAUGACAACUUCGGUACCUACAGUCAGGAAACAGAGGAAGAUUUUGCCAGUCAGCUGAAACAAUACAGACAAGCUAAAGAAACCUCAACUACUGCUUUAGGAUCAUCAUUUUCUAAAGAACCAGGGAAAAAACAAAGAAUGAAAGUUCAGCAAGGUAUUGAACAGAGGGUUAAAAGUUUUAAUGUCGGUCGUGGACGUGGUUUGCCGAAGAAAAUCAAACGCAAAGACCGUGGGGGAAGAACCAAUAAAGGGCCUAAUAUUUUUUCAGGAAUGGAUGACUAUCAAGAGUAUAGUAAACCAGGGAAAAAAUGGAAGGUUAUGACUCAGGAAUUCAUUAAUCAGCACACAGUGGAACACAAAGGAAAACAAAUCUGUAAAUACUUUCUGGAAGGGAGAUGUAUUAAGGGAGAUCAGUGUAAAUUUGAUCAUGAUGCAGAGUUGGAGAAGAGAAAGGAGAUCUGCAAGUUUUAUUUACAAGGAUAUUGUACCAAAGGAGAGAACUGCAUUUAUAUGCAUAAUGAAUUUCCGUGUAAGUUCUACCAUAGUGGAGCAAAAUGUUACCAAGGAGACAACUGUAAAUUUUCACAUGAUGAUCUGACUAAAGAAACAAAGAAACUUUUGGACAAAGUGUUGAACACUGAAGAAGAAGCCACAAAUGAAGAUGAACGAGAAUUAGAAGAACUUAGAAAACGGGGCAUAACUCCUCUUCCCAAACCACCUCCAGGAGUUGGGCUUCUCCCAACUCCACCAGAACAUUUUCCCUUUUCUGAUCCUGAAGAUGAUUUUCAGACAGAUCUCUCUGAUGAUUUCAAGAAAAUCCCAUCUCUUUUUGAAAUAGUUGUAAAACCUACUGUGGAUUUAGCACACAAGAUUGGGAAGAAGCCACCAGCAUUUUAUAACAGUGCCUCACCACCAGGACCACAGUUUCAGGAAAGCAGCCCACAUCCUCAACAUAUCUAUAGUUCUGGAUCAAGUCCGGGUCCUGGACCUAAUAUGUCUCAGGGACACAGUAGUCCUGUGAUGCACCCGGGGUCCCCCGGACAUCAUCCAUGCGCCGCAGUGCCACACAGCCCACCUUUGCCGCCUGCUCCACCUGGAAUUUUAGGUCCUCACAGUCAAGCUGGAGUACUUGUUCAACCAGAUGCACCUUUGACACCACAGAAUAUGAGUGGUGCUUACCAUUGCUCGGGCUUUCCAGAACACAUGAUGAAAAUACCCAGAGAGAAUCACUGUUCUCCAGGUUCCUCAUACCUGCAAAGUCCUGGUGAAAUGCAGCUCAACACCAGUUAUGAGUCCCUACAAAACCCAGCUGAAUUUUAUGAUAAUUACUAUUCACAGCAUGCUGUACCUAAUUUUCAGCCACCUAGUAACUCUGGUGAUGGGAUGUGGCAUGUUGACUUUGCCCAGCAUCAGCCUCCCAUUGUUCAAGACUCCCCUAACCGUGGGAGUGGAUCUGAUGGCAGCAGCAACACGACAGGCCACGGCCCCCUGCCUGCUCCAGGCCUCCUCCCUGCAGUGCAGAGAGCUCUUUUUGUCAGACUUACUCAGAAGUACCAAGAAGAAGAUGAACCAAGCAGCACCCAACCUCAAAGGGCACCAAGCAAGGACGAAGAUGAUACUGUUAACUGGUAUUCCAGUAGUGAAGAGGAAGAAGGAAGCAGUGUGAAGUCAAUACUGAAAACAUUACAGAAACAAACAGAAACUUUAAGGAAUCAGCAACAGCCUUCCACAGAUCUCAGCACUCCUACUGACCCAAGACUCGCUAAAGAGAAAAGCAAAGGAAACCAAGUUGUUGACCCUAGACUUAGGACUAUCCCAAGGCAAGACGUGAGAAAAUCCUCUGAGUCUAACCCACUGGAUCUUAGACUAGCGUGGGAUCCCAGGAAAUUGAGAGGGAACGGAAGCGGUCAUGUAGGAUCUUCUGUUGGUGGAACAAAGUUUGAUUCGCAUCAUGCAAAUCCCGGCUCCGUCAAACACAAAAGAGGAGAUGAUGAUGAUGAAGAUACAGAAAGAGAAUUGAGAGAAAAAGCUUUCUUAAUACCUUUGGAUUCUUCCCCUGGCAUAAUGCUCCAGGAUCCGAGGUCACAGCUGAGGCAGUUCAGUCACAUUAAAAUGGAUAUUAUCCUAACCAAACCCAACUUCGCAAAACACAUCGUGUGGGCUCCAGAAGACUUACUUCCAGUCCCUUUACCUAAACCUGACCCAGUAUCUUCAAUCAAUUUACCUCUGCCCCCUCUUAUAGCUGACCAGAGGCUCAGUAGGUUGUGGAAUACAAAAAGCGAUCUUCAUCAGAAUACAGUGCCCACUGAUUCAAAAUCAGCGGCCAAAGUCAAAGUGAACACCGCAAACAGAGAAGGCUACCUAGAGCAAUUUGGAGAGCUGCAUAGUUCAGGAAGUAAAUUAGGAGAUCCUAGGCUUCAAAAAAAUUUUGAUCCUAGACUUCAUAGACUGCACAGUACAGAGUCUCACCCAGCGGUUAUGAAGGACUCACAUACAUUAAAGGGCACCCCUCACUUAGCCAGAUCUAACCCUGCUUCGUCGCAGCCCUCCGGGGCCACGACUAGCAGUUCCGGGCCGGGGGCCUUGCCUCCAUAUGCCCCUAAACUCUCCUCUUCAGCUGGCCUUCCCCUGGGAACCCCAAAUUCAGUUCUUAGUGGCAUUAGUUUGUAUGACCCUAGGGAGCAUGCUUCAUCAUCUGCGUCAGAGCUAGCAACAGAAAAUACAGAGAACCCGAAAAAAAGUGGUGGUUUAAAAAGUAGUGACAAAACUGAGCCUUCUCCUGGAGAAGCAGUCCUGCCACAGAAAACCAGUGCAAAUGUGGAAGUCGCCGUGGAUGGGCCGGCUGACCCACAGGCAGACACCCUCAGGAGUCCUGGUACGGUUCAGGUCCCAGCAGUGCACAGUCUUCCUAUUCAGGCAUUAACAGGCCUAAUUAGACCGCAGUACAGCGAUCCAAGGCAGUCCAGGCAGCCAGGGCAUACGAGUCCCACCCCGGAAAGUGAUCCCAGUAGAGAACCAGAUGACAAAUCUCUGAAAGAGGUUUUUAAAACUUUUGAUCCGACUGCUUCACCAUUUUGUUAGCUAUCGUGUAAUUAAGCAAUUCUUUUCACUCUGUGACUAUUGCAGUCCUCUGCUGUUUUGUAACUGGUUUACCUCUAUAGUUUAUUUAUUUUUAAAUUAUAAAUACUUUUCAGCUGCUAGUAUCAGAACCACAAGAAGUUAUAUCCUCUAAAGCCUGUGGUAUUUUAUAUAAUAUUUUUAUAACUUUAAGAGACUGUAGUAAUUGACAUAGAAACCUAUAUAUCAUGUUAGCUUCGGUAAAAGUACUUUUAUCGUAAAUAACCCAUCAUGAACUUGACACUCUGCCCAAAUAUAUGCCAGUCGUCUUUCAUAAUCAAUGUUUAGAUAAAUGAUUACCACUUUUAUAUGGUUGUUAGUUUCAAGCAAUAUGAUGUACAUUACUUUUGAGCAACAGUAUUUUGACUAGGAUCUUCUCUGUUUGUCAACAGAACUGAUUAAUAUGUAAUGCUAACUGCUAACUAAAAUGUAAAAUGAAGUAAAGAAAACAUUUUUAAAAUCACAGUCAGCAGAGCAGUUCGUGUUUAAGGGCAUCACUUUUAUUAGUAUUGGCAAUAUUGUGUAAAUGAAGCAUUUGAAUGUCCUAUCUUUUAAAAGUAUUUUAUUGUAUACUGUAUCAUAGAAGUUGGAGAUACAUAGAUUGUUUUUGCUAAAGUGAAAUAUUCCCCAAGUUCUCUAACAUAACUUUUUAAAUUUAAUUUUUCAUAUUAAAUAGUUAUGAGUUCUUGCUGUGUUACAUUGUGAUGUUUAUGUGUCUCAAUGUUUUUGUCGUUAGCAGCAUAAUUUAUAUUCCGUUUUCAAAUGAUGUAGCUGUGAUAAUUGUAUUCAUCAUGACUUUGGUAAUUUUUAACAAAUUUUUAAAAGAUCCAGUGACAGUCUGUAGUGAUUAUUGCAUUGGUAAUGUUUUAAAUGUCCAGGUUCUAUAUUUUAAAUAGCGAGAAAACACAGAGAUGGUAUAAUCAACUGUAUAUGGCUACCAAUAAAGAAUCUCUUUCAGAUC